CCGCGCCGCCGCGACUCAGCCCGCCACGGAGCGACCCGGAGCCCGAGCCCGAACUGUGCGCGCGCGCCUGCAGGGCGGACCUGGACGAGCGCGAGGCGUACUGCGCCAGCGAAUUCGCACUGAACGGAAUCGUGCAUGACGUGGACGUGCUCGGCACCGGAAUCCAGCUGGUGACCCUGCUGGCCGACCGCGACGGGCUGUACAAGAUGGGCCGCCUGUACAUCACUCCCGACGGCUUCUUCUUCCGAGUCCACGUACUAGCCCUGGGCCCCUCCAGCUGCCACAAGCCGUGUCCAGAAUUUAAACCUGGCAGCAGGUAUAUCGUGAUGGGCCACAUCUACCAUAAGAGGCGGCAGCUCCCAUCCGCUCUGCUCCAGGUCCUGAGAGGGCGGCUCCAGCCUGGAGACGGUUUGCUCAGGAGCAGCAGCAGCUACGUCAGAAGGUUUAACCGCAAAAGGGCCCGGCAAGUUCAAGGGGCCCUUCACACCCAGUGCAUCUGAAACAUACUGGCCUGGCAUUUCCGCAUCACAAGAGACUUGGGGUCCAGCAACAAGCCAGGAAAGGUCUAUGGUCAUAUAAUGGGUCUUUCUUGGGGACAGGGCCCAUCGUUCCUUUCUCAGCAACUAGCAUAGUUCCAACUCUCAUUUUGAAGUUGUCACGUUACGACACUGUGCUUUGGGGUUCAGCGGCCAAGUUACUCAGCUGUAGAAAGGGGCAGUGAUUCAACGAGCUCAGGUAAAAUCGACCUGUCCAUUUCACAGAUCACCGCUUCAUGAUAAGUUUUAAAAUUAUUUUAAUGUAAUACAUUUGUUAGUAGAAAGAGUUUCAAAAAAGCAGUCUUGAAUUUAAUUAUACAACUUUCAAUAGUUUAUAUAUCAAACCAAAUUUUCUACUCAAAACAUCACAUUUUAAAUUCUGUACAUAAUAGUAAGCGCACUAGUCAAAAGACAUUUACGUAUGACAUGUCAUUUACAUCAAACUCUAGGAUCAAAACCCAGGGCAAGUAUUAAAAUUCACAUUUAGGGACCAGCAGUUGGCAUAAUGGCUAUGUCCCUGCACUCUCAUGUAGUUGACUGGAGUUCCAGUCCCAGACCCGGUGGUUUAAACUCACACCAGGUACGUGUGUGUGCA